AUGGUCAGAACCUUAUUCAGCCGUCGGGAACAUUCCUAUGUCAUUCUUGGGCUUUUAUCGCUCCUCCCUCUCCUCGCGCUUGCCGCUCCCGCUCCCGCUCCCACCCCACCGCAACUCCAGCAGCGUCAGGCCCAAGCAUCCUCCCCGGUAGAUAACGAAUGCGGCUUCGACGGUGAUGACAAUACCUAUGGCCUCGGAAUUCGUAUCGGCGUGUACUUGCAAUGGGUCACCUCAGCCAUCGCAUACGGGUUCCUCCCCACCGAAGCCCAGGGCGUGCGUGGUGUAAACAGCUGCUUCCAAGCCGCCAUGUUCGCUGGUCUCCUCUUUAUUACAAUUACCAAAGGGAGCGGUCUCUACGCGGUUGAGGCGUAUAUGAUGCUUAUCUUCUGCAUGGGAGGGGUGUGCUCGGGCGACGCCAAAGCAGAUGGCGGAAUCUUCAAGGCAAAGCAGUUCGCAUAUCACAAAGCGUCGAACAUCGGUGGAUUGAUUCGGUUUGUCCUGAGUACAGGGUUCUGCGUGUAUGGACUAUGGUUCUUUUUCACGGGGAUGGACCACAUGCGUCACCCACCAUGUAGCACAUGGGCCUACUUCUUUGCCAAGGUUAACCUCUACACCUGGCUGCGCACGUUUAUGAAGAUCGUUUUUGUUCUCAUGGGCAUAAUCCAUUCGAUCGUUAUAUUUUGGCCCAUCGCAAAUAAGCUAUGUUGCACCCCUAGUACGAGUCACGAUGACACCGUUUUUGGGGCACAGUCAGAGCCAGAGCCAGAAGAUACAUCAAGGUCAAAGGCGGAGAAGGGCCUUGAGGGCACGAGCAUGGUGAUCCUAAGUGGUUCCCUAAUCUCGUUUAUGUUGACUGUGGAGUUGAUGAUUCGAUGGAACCAUAUCCGUGGGGUAAAUGAGUUGGGAUCGACUGGACAGUUGUUACCGUUAAUCAUGGCUAUUGGUAGUUUUAUCAGGGUAUUACAUAUUUUCACGAAAGAAGGGAAGAAGCCCGAGAGCAUGUCGAUGGAGAUGGAUAAUAUAUGUGGUGGCAGUACCGCAUGA